GAGAAUCCAGAAAGGGAGCAUCCAAACACCAGCUUUCACAACAUGAUUUAGUCUCAUGCAACAGCAAAAGGACCACCAUAAAGUAGAGGUUCCACCACCACCAUCACCUCCCCCCGCUUUCCUCAUCAUCACAGCCAUCACUGCUGUUCCAACACAAGACUGCAACACAGUGAAUUCUCCAACAUUUCCUUCCAUUCUUCUCCACCUCUCAAGUUUCCUCUUAUUCUCCUCAGCCUCGCCAAGGAACCUCUGAUUCCUUUUCCGGCAGCUUAAGUGCUGAUUGCCUGAGCCAAGAUAAUUAACAGGGUGAUGGGCGCGAGGCGCAUCCAGUGUUUGAUCUUCCUGCUGGGAUUCCUCUGCUGCUCCGCACUUGAAGAACACGCGUCGCUGCAGUCCGCAAACGCCAUGCCUGAAAUGGACGUCAUCACGCCAAUCGCCACAGUUCCAGUGGUCAACCCCACCGCCACCACGACCACCACCCCUGUCUACAAUCCCUUUCCGACGAUGACUCCGUACUCGACUCCAGCUUCCUCCUCGUCGUCGGGGCAAAGCUGGUGCGUGGCGAGCCAAACUGCAUCCCAGGCCUCGUUGCAGGUCGCCCUGGAUUACGCCUGCGGAUAUGGUGGUGCCGAUUGCUCUUCCAUUCAAAAAGGUGGCGGAUGCUUCGACCCUGAUACCAUGCGCGACCACGCUUCCUAUGCAUUCAACGAUUACUACCAGAGGAAACCCAACCCGACGAGCUGCGAUUUCGCAGGAACUGCCAUCAUCACCAGCGUCGAUCCCAGUACUUCGACAUGCCAUUAUCAAUCAACGAGCACAAGCUCUUCUGUUCUCAACACAAGAUAUCCUUAUGGAUCAAACGUUUAUGGAUCAUCUGUUCCUCCAACUACAAGUAGCUCCAUCUCGAUCUCAAACGGCAGAUCAUUACUUCACAUCUCCCUGAUCUUUAUCACACUGUCACUCAACUCUUUUGCUGAGCAAGGAAUUCAAUAGAGUCGACCAUGCAGAGGAAGUUUCGUAGGUUAUAAUUUACUUUUUUAUUAUGUUAAAAUAAAUACACCAUCCUUUUGUCAGUUUUCCCCCUUCUUUGAAUGAGCAGUAUUGUGAAUCUUCUUCAGUAACCAGGAAGCUGUACAAAGUUACCGACUGAUAAAGUUUUCAGGAAGGAAA